AUGAUCCAGACCAAAACCUGGAUUAGCAUGUUCUUCGUUCUUGGAGCAUUCAUGCAACUAGCAGGCUUUACCGCGCGCGUAUUUUCAACACAGGAUUCCUGUAAUCGUACCGCCUAUGGUAUCCAGUCAGUCCUCUUGCUCCUCGGGCCAAGCUCGAUCAUGAUCUCCGUCAAUUUAGUGCAGACCGUGUUUUAUCAGGCACUUGACGCUGAAAAUUUUUGCUGGGUUUCAAUUACAUGGCAACGUAUCGUCUACCCCACCCUGAAUGCGAUUUUGAUCAUCCUUCAAGCCAUUGGUGGUAUAAUGGUUGUGGGAUCUAGCUCUCGUGUCACAAUCGCCUCAGCGACCAAGUUGACCAUUGCCAUCUACGUUGCUCAAACCUUUUUCUGGGCUUUUACUCUUGCAGAGAAUAUUUAUAUGUCUAUUCGGUUGUGUCGUGACCCGACCGAGGCCAGUCAGACUCUACUUCCUCGCUGGAGAUCCUGGAAUCAACUUUUCGGUCUCUCCAUUUCGAUUAUUGGUCUUGGACGCAACGUGAUGCGUCUGACAAUGGCUGGUGGAAUCGCAUUUCUUGUUGAGAAUGAAUGGCCGGCCUAUGCUUUUGACGGCUACCAGAUGGUGGUGGUCCUGGGCGCCUGGGUGAUCUGGUAUUUGCCAGGGCAAUGUCGGGGAAUCACAAGCAAGCCGAAUUGGAUGCAUCUCAUGACUUUGGAGAGGAGGGAAACACCCCAGUAUUGUGAAGAAUGUUAA